GGAGCGCGGCGGGCGCGCGCCGCCUGGCCCGGCGGAAAGUUUUCCUGGAGGAGUUUUGGCGGCGGCGGCGGCGGCGGCGGCGGCUGUGACCGGAGCGGGCCAUGGACGCGCUCAAGUCUGCGGGGCGCGCGCUGAUCCGGAGCCCCAGUCUGGCCAAGCAGAGCUGGGCGGGCGGCCGGCACCGCAAGUUGCCGGAGAACUGGACAGACACUCGGGAGACGCUGCUGGAGGGCAUGAUUUUCAGCCUCAAGUACCUUGGCAUGACGCUGGUGGAGAGGCCCAAGGGCGAGGAGCUGUCUGCAGCUGCAGUCAAGAGGAUCGUGGCUACCGCCAAGGCCAGUGGGAAGAAACUGCAGAAGGUAACACUGAAGGUGUCGCCUCGGGGGAUCAUCCUGACAGACAGCCUCACCAGCCAGCUCAUUGAGAACGUGUCCAUUUACAGGAUCUCCUACUGCACGGCAGACAAGAUGCACGACAAGGUGUUCGCAUACAUCGCCCAGAGCCAGCACAGCGAGAGCCUGGAGUGCCAUGCCUUCCUCUGCACCAAGCGCAAAGUGGCACAGGCCGUCACCCUCACCGUAGCCCAGGCCUUCAAAGUUGCCUUUGAGUUUUGGCAGGUGUCCAAGGAAGAGAAAGAGAAGAGGGAGAAAGCCAACCAAGAUGGAGGAGACGUCCCAGCGACCCGACGUGACAGCAACCCCUCAUUGAAAAGCUUGGUUGCCACUGGGAACCUGCUGGAUUUGGAAGAGGUGGCUAAGGCGCCAUUGUCCACGGUCAGCGCUAACACCAACAAUGUAGACGAGACGCUGCGGCCUCAAGUACUGGGCAACAGCAGUGUGGUCUGGGAGCUGGAUGAUGGCCUGGAUGAAGCAUUUUCAAGGCUGGCACAGUCACGGACAAACCCUCAAGUCCUGGACACUGGACUAUCGGCCCAGGACAUCCAUUAUGCACAGUGCUUAUCGCCCACCGACUGGGACAAGCCUGACAGCAGUGGCAUCGAUCAAGAUGACCUCUUCAACUUCUGAGUGCCCGGGGCCCGGCAGGACACAACCGCCCUUGACAUGUGAUGGACCGAAAGCCACCUGCAGCCGGGCGGCCAGCUCCAGGAGCCAUCGGCCACCUUUGGCCAGCGGCAGCAGAGCCUGCUGAUGAGGGCUGCUCAGUCAGGCAGGGAGAGAGGCAGCAAGAUGCCUGGGGUAGCCAGUCAGCGACUCCUGGUUUAUGCUCGGAAACCAGGUUUGCAUUAGGCACUCACGGUGUGGGCAGAGUGGGGCCUGGCCUCCUGGCCUCUCUCCUGGAGCCAGUGCCCUGUCCUGCUGUGGGUGUUAGGACAAUGACCAAAGCAUUCCUUGUUCCUUUUCUCUGGGGCAUCCUCACUCCUCAGGCAGUGAGGGCCUGUCAUUGUUUGUGCACUGGAGGGGACAUGGCUUUCAGGGAAGCCGGGGUCCUCAGGCUCGGCUUCCUCCGGGCCUAGCAGCAUAGGCUCUCAGAGAGGCAGCCCCUGACCAAAGAUACACACAGCUCUGCACUUUAACUGUCACACGUGGACAUGGUUUGCCGUUCUUGAUGGUGCUGUGGGAGUAGAGCGUGCCUCCUGCUCUCCCUCCACAAGAGGGCCCCAGUUCUCCAGGUGGUCCCGACAGCGCUGGGACCUUGGGUACCAGCUGUCCAUGACUCUUGAGUCACCGCAACCCUGGGGAUCACCUCCUUAUGGCUUUCAGGAGCCCCCAACAGACAAAGCUGGGUCCGCCAUUCAGUUUUGUCCGUGCGUCCUCAUGUGUGCUCCGCCUUCUUCCUCCCCCAUAAUUCCUGGGGCGACACCAAAGCCCUGCUCUGGGUUGCGGCAGAAUAGUUUGCAUCCAUCUUACAGCUAAGGAAACUGAGGCGGCACGUGCCGGGGGGUUGGGGGGUGGAAUGGAGAAUAGUACCCAGAUCUGAUACCAAAGCUGCUGUCUGUGCUCCACCUCGCAGCCCACGCCUCAUCCUCCCCAGUUCUGUUGUCCUCCCAGGAACCAAAAAGCCCUAGCUAUUUUCUGACCAAAAUGUGUUUCAUAACAAACCAUCUGGUGCCUUUCCACACAGCGCUGGCGCAGGCCUCCGUGCCCUGCGAGCUGCAACGAUGCUGACUUCUGGGAAGAUGCGAGUGUUCUGAAGUCUGUUGACCCCACGGGUGAAAGGGGGGUCCUGCUCUAGAAAUGUCUCGCUGUCCUUUCCUGACCGGCAGACCAGGUGGUCACCCCCUCCCCCUGUGGCUGCCCAGUGGGGAACUCUCCUUAGUCUCAUCUCCCUUCACUGGUCCCGGCGGGGGGGGGGGGGGGCGCUCUGGCAUCCUGAACUACAGCCAAGCCACAAGCAUCGUUCCAUUGCAAGGAGCCCCCAGUGGCUGGGCUGGCAAGAGCAGGUCUCAGCAGCCCAGGAAAAACACACCAGCAUGACUUAGAGUUCCCAGCGCUUACCGAGUGGCUGAGUCAGACCCUUGCCUUGGGCAGGGCACUUUGAGACUCCACCAUAGAAGGGUAGCUAGGUCCCUUUCCCCAGUCAGCUCCAGGCCCCCGAUCCUACCCCAGGUGGCUGGGGUCCUGGGUGCCGUGGGGUUGGGUGGUGCUAUAGUCUCGUUGACAGGGUGUCUGCUUCCUGUGCCUGCUGCCAAGGCUGCUGUGUGAGGCUGGAAAGGCAGUUCUGAGAGGAAACAAUAAAUGUUCCCUUUUCUAAAAAAAAAAAAAAAA